AUGCACUCCCGUGCGUGUCUCUUGCUGCUGAUUUGUUUCCCCGUUUUGUUAAACGCCGCACCCUCCUCUGCCAAUGGUGGCAACGAGUCCUUAAUCUUGGGGUGUGGGUUGGGAGGAGGUGGUGGCAAAGACACCGACGGAAGAAAAUGGAGCCCCGACGACAAGUACCUUUCACGGGGAAAUUCCGUCACAUUCAAAGCUUCCUUCCAAGACCCUUCGCUUUUGUCCGAGGUUCCAUACAUGACUGCGCGAAUUUUCACCUCCGAAGCAGCCUACAAAUUCGCCAUCCAAGGCGACAAACGUUACUGGCUCAGGCUUCAUUUCUACCCCUCCGUUUACGACAACUUGGACUCUGUUAACUCUUAUUUCUCCGUCAAAGCAAACGGCCUCACGCUUCUUUCCAACUUCAGCGCCUUCGUCACGUGCCAAGCCCUCUCACAAGCCUACGUUGACAGAGAGUAUUCCCUUGCGCCUUUGGAUUCCGACGUUCUCAACGUUACCUUCACGCCCUCUGGCAAACACAAUGAAACUUUUGCUUUUGUUAAUGGGAUUGAGCUCAUCCAAAUGCCUGAGUUGUUUGACGAGGCUCCUUUGGUGGGGUACGAUGGCCAAACUAUGGACACCAAGAGUUUGCAUUUACAGACCAUGUUCAGGUUAAACGUUGGAGGACAAUACAUAUCUCCAAAUGAAGAUUCUGGUCUUACCAGAAUGUGGUACGAUGAUAGGCCUUAUAUUUAUGGUUCUGCCACUGGUGUCACCAACCAAGCUACCAAGGAUGAAAAAAUCGACUAUCAAAGUCUUCCAGAGUCCAUUGCUCCUCCCAGUGUCUACUCCACUUCGCGAUCCAUGGGAGGCGAUAAGAAUGUCAACCUGGGCUACAAUCUCACGUGGAUCUUCCAAGUUGAUCCGGAUUCUAUCUACCUUACCCGGCUGCAUUUCUGUGAAUAUCACUAUUCCAAAGUGAAUCAGAUUGUUUUCAAAGUCUACAUCAACAACCAAACAGCAGAGACUGCUGCUGAUGUGAUUGGGUGGUCAGGAGGUAAAGGAAUUCCAACUUACAAGGAUUAUGUAAUGUAUGCGAGAGAUCAGCCAGGUGACGAUAAACUCUGGCUUGCUUUGCACCCUGCGCCUGAAACAAAGCCAGAAUUUUAUGAUGCGUUACUCAAUGGGGUGGAGGUGUUCAAGCUCAAUGACACAGACCUGUCUGGCCCCAAUCCUCAACCUUCUGACAUGCUGGUUAAAUAUGAGCAGAAGGAAAAGACUUUCCAAACCAAAAAUCAGACUAGUAGAACAUUUGUUAUUGGCAGUGCUGCUGGGGGUGCUGCAGGUUUUGCUUUGGUGGCUGCAAUAAUUGUUGUUGUUCAUCACAAGAAGAGAAAGAGAGCUCCGGGAUCAUACACCACCUCGUCUAACUGGUUACCUCUUUAUGGUUCGCACACAGUAGGUACCAAAUCCACAGGGUCAGGGAAGAGUAUGGGCAGUGUCAACUUAUCAGCCAUGGCUCAAGGAUUGUGCCGCUAUUUCUCCUUACAAGAAAUGAAGCAAGCAACCAAGAAUUUCGAUGAGUCUAAUGUGAUAGGGGUGGGAGGGUUUGGAAAGGUUUACAAGGGUGUUAUUGAUAAUGGGUUCAAAGUGGCAAUCAAAAGAUCGAACCCGCAAUCGGAACAAGGAGUGAACGAGUUCCAGACUGAGAUUGAGAUGCUGUCCAAGUUGAGGCACAAGCAUUUGGUGUCCUUGAUUGGUUUUUGCGAGGAGGGUGAUGAGAUGUGUCUGGUUUAUGACUACAUGGCUCGUGGCACCAUGAGGGAACACCUUUACAAGGGAAACAAGCCAUUGGACAUGUUAACAUGGAAGCAAAGGCUGGAGAUCUGCAUUGGAGCAGCAAGAGGCCUUCACUACCUUCACACGGGAGCAAAAUACACCAUCAUUCAUCGAGAUGUCAAAACAACCAACAUUCUCCUUGAUGAAAACUGGGUUGCCAAGGUUUCAGAUUUUGGACUCUCCAAAACAGGUCCAGACAUGAACAAAGGUCAUGUUAGUACCGUGGUGAAGGGUAGCUUUGGAUACUUGGAUCCCGAAUAUUUCAGGAGGCAACAGUUGACUGAGAAGUCUGACGUGUACUCGUUUGGGGUUGUGCUGUUUGAGGCCCUUUGCGCAAGGCCUGCUCUCAAUCCUAGCCUUCCGAAGGAACAGGUAAGCCUUGCAGAAUGGGCAUUGUACAACAAAAGAAGAGGAACACUUGAGGACAUCAUUGACCCAAACAUCAAAGGGAAGAGCAACCCUGAAAGCUUGAUCAAGUUUGCUGAUGCAGCUGAGAAGUGUGUGUCUGAUCUUGGAUUCGAACGACCCUCCAUGAAUGACCUGUUGUGGAAUCUCGAAUUCGCUCUAAACUUGGAGCAAAACCCCAAGGGUUCAACUGCUCCACGUGAGGACGAAGGUGAGUUCUCAGAAGUAAGCUUGACAAACAACGACGUGGCAGCUCAUUACAAAAACCUUAGCCUAGGAAGCGAGCUUGAGGUUGUCCAAGACUCCACUAAUGGUAGUAGCUCUCCUGUCAUCUUCUCGCAAAUUGGCAAUCCAACAGGACGAUGA